CCUUCUCUUUGUAAAAUAGCUGACAUGGAACAGUUUCUGAAUACUGCUGGAGGGAAGGCUAUCCCCAAGAAGCCAAGGAAGAAGUCAAGGACUUCAGCUAAGCAAGUGGAUGAGGGGAGAGCUGGGAAGGAGGUAGUGCCCUUAGCACUAGCUGAGGUGGAGGAAGAGGUGCCAGCACUGAAGAGGAAGGGUUGGGAGGAGAGGAGGGCGCUGCAGAAGAAGCAGAAGGUGGUGGAGGAAGAGGGGAGUGGGGUGCCUGAGUUCGUACCUCAGCCACCUCCUGUUGAGCUGGAUCCCGAGCUCAGACAGUUGGAGGAGGGGGCUGAGGUACGAGCUCCUGGUAAGGGGAAGGGCCCUGUUACCUCGGCGGUGUCUCAAAGCAGCCUGUUCGAGGCGAAGAACAUGAUGGGGGCUAGGUGGUUUAUCAACAACACCUUCCCCGAAGUGGACAAGCGCCACGCGCGAGAGGAGGCUCUGAGGUACGGAGGAGCUUCUGUGGUGAAGCACGUCCUUGAGAGCGCGAGCUGGGUGAAUGGUCUAGCCCAGGAGUUCAGGGAAGGUGUAAAGGCGCGCGCACUCUUGCAGAGGCAGUGUGACCAACUGCAGAAGGAGAAGGAAGAGCUGGAAAAGAAGAAUAGGGAGAUGCAAAAGUCUCUGAACGAGGUGGUUCCAGCUAUGAAACAGUUGGAGCAGGAGAGGUCUUCCCUGAGCACCAAGCUCGUCUUUGAGGAGAGCAAACGAAGGAUCUCUGAAAGCGAGCGGGAGGCUCAGGCGCAAGAAAUAAGGCUGAUGAUGGAGGCGUUCAAGGAACUGAAAGGGAACAUGCAGAAGUUGGUGCAUAAUGGGAUGAAGGAGCACAUCAGCAACUUCAUCAGUUCUAGCUCGUUUGACAGCAUCGUCAACUUGUACCGGCUGCCCACUGCCAUCAUCACGUUCACGGAUUGCAGAAAGAAGGUGAAGGCUGCAUAUCCCGAAGUGGACGUGACAAGGAUCACCUUCGGCGAGCAAGAAGAAGGAGUGGAGGAAGACGGUGAGAGCAUGUCAGCAGACUUCCGUCCUCAAAUCAAACUGAGUGGAGGAAGAAGGGGCAGAGGUAGUGGGGGACGAGGUAGAGGCAAGAGUGGAGGGAGCUGAGGUGGAUGGGAG